GUGAAAUCUUUAUUCUCGGCAACACUGUACCAGAAAUCAGCUAUCGUUUGUCUUAUCUGCAACAAAUAUUGAAACAUGCUAUAUGCAUGAAUCAUUCCUUUUGUUAAGGGGUCAGAAACGCUUCCCAUGUGGUGUUUUUUUAAUGAAUUUCACCAUGGGGAAUGUUGAAAGUUACUUUGCCUUCUAGUCUACCACAGUGUGUGUAAUGGAGCUAUUUUACGCAUGAUCCGAUCCUUUCAAUCCCUCUGCGGCUGAAGGCUCAUGACUCUUGCCUUCGCAAGCCGCACGAAUGAAGGCAGUGAUGGAGGGGCACACCAGAUAUGUAGGUAGUCAUCACGGUGUUAGGAUCGACGCCUCCAACAGAGCUUUUGUGUACAUCGACUUUUCUUCAGCACCAAAAGAGGAAUUGGCGUAUAGCGAGAUUUAUCAGUGGGGGAAAGUAGAUUUUCAGAGCACCAUCGAUAACUUCAUUAUUCACUCUCGACUUGCGUACGAUAGUUUUUUUUUUGCAUUUUUGAGAUGUUUAGGUUCCAGCGGUGUGCUUGUUGUAAUCGGAAAAAAAAUUUGAUAAGGGUAAGGUUAUAGAAUCUGUUUUCGCUAUUUUUCAGGACUUUACCGUCUACUCUGAAUGCGAAAAAGUGUUUUGAGGCUUUCAUGGGGAGGAAGCUAUGAACUACAAAACCUUACGCACUCCCUAAAUGCGGCAAUCUCUCUGUAUUCGCGCAGGUGUACCGAUGCUGUGUAGGAGGAAUCCCGAAGCAACUAUUAAAAGGAUUUACUAUUUACCAAGUAGCGUUGAAUCCAACAUAUCUUCUUUCCUUGAAAAGCGGUAUUUAAUUAUCCUAAUUGAUAUUUUUAAUGUCCAUGUGGAUUUGGUUGUUGAGUAGCAUAUUACGUCGAUUGUGGGGAGGACUUCCUCAGAUAGUAGCUAAAUACAAUGAGUAAUAAAUUAAGCCAUAUCAUCUUACAUUCCCUUGAGUUACGGACUGAAAGAGGAAACCAUGAUAAUAGG